UCCGCUGCACGGAAUCUAAAAAGCUCCAUCUUUCUCGCAUUGACGUACGUUUGUGGCGAAUGUAGUUAAGCGACACACAACAACACAGCAAAAGCAAACGCCACCACCCUCCCCCGCCAGAAAUUUGUAUUUUUUUUAUUUGCUUAACCCCCCAAAAAAUAUAUAUAGUGCGACAAGGAAACGAAAUAGGGGGUUGUGUGUGUGUGUGUUUGUGUGCGCGCGCGCGUGCGUCUUUAUAGAAUCGCUUCGUAGAGCGGUGGUGGUGGUGCUGGUGGUCGGGCGUCCCCUAACGUAUCGUGAGGAGGCUUGGAAAGGUGACGCGGCACUGCUUCAAACGUCCCCCGUCAUGGGAGACAAGUCCGGAACCCGGGUUUUCAAGAAAUCCAGCCCAAAUGGAAAGGUGACCGUGUAUUUGGGGAAGCGAGACUUUGUGGAUCACCUGGAGCACGUCGAUCCGGUCGACGGUGUUGUUUUGGUCGAUCCCGAGUACCUGAAAGAGAGGAAAGUGUUCGUGACGCUGACGUGCGCCUUCCGCUACGGGCGCGAGGACCUGGACGUGCUGGGCCUGACGUUCCGCAAGGACCUCUACCUGAGCACGGUGCAGGUCUACCCGCCCAGCGGCGGCGGCGGCGCCGGCGGUGGCGGCGCCGGCAACGCCGCCGGCAAUGACGGCGGUGGCGGCGAGGAUGGGGCCAAGCCAAGCACGCGCCUGCAAGAGCGCCUCAUCCGCAAGAUCGGGGACCACGCUCACCCCUUCACCUUCCAGUUACCGCAAAACCUGCCAUGCUCCGUCACUCUGCAGCCUGGGCCCGAAGACACCGGCAAGGCGUGCGGCGUGGAUUUCGAAGUGAAAGCUUUCUGCGCGGAAAACCUCGAAGAGAAAAUCCACAAAAGGAAUUCUGUGCGUCUGGUGAUCCGCAAGGUGCAGUACGCUCCGGAGAAACCGGGGCCACAGCCCACGGCGGAGACCACGCGCGUCUUCCUCAUGUCGGACAAGCCCCUACACCUGGAGGCCUCGCUUGACAAAGAGAUUUACUACCACGGGGAGCCGAUCAACGUCAACGUCCACGUCACCAACAACUCGAACAAGACGGUGAAGAAAAUCAAGAUCUCCGUGCGACAGUUUGCAGACAUCUGUCUCUUCAACACAGCCCAGUACAAGUGUCCGGUGGCCGUGGAAGAAGCAGAUGACACAGUGGCCCCCAGCUCCACGUUCUGCAAGGUCUACACCCUCACCCCGUUCCUGGCCAGCAACCGUGAGAAACGCGGCCUCGCCCUGGACGGGAAACUCAAACACGAGGACACCAACCUGGCCUCCUCCACCAUAGUGAAGGAGGGCGCCAACAAGGAGAUCCUGGGCAUCCUCGUCUCCUACAAGGUCAAGGUGAAGCUCGUGGUCUCGCGAGGAGGAAUUCUGGGUGACAUAGCAACAAGCGACGUUGCGGUGGAGCUGCCCUUCACCCUGAUGCACCCCAAGCCCCCCGAGGAGUCCAUCUCACGUGCAGGCUCAGUGGCGCCCGACAGCGAUGCGCCAGUCGACGCCGACUUGAUCGUCUUCGAAACAAACGGAGAAGCGUGGGACGAUGACAUCGUGUUCGAGGACUUUGCGAGGCAACGGCUGAAGGGGGCCAAGGACGAGGAGGAGGAGGAGCCGCCGCCGGACUCGCCCAACGGGAAGUAGGAGGGGGCGGCGGCGUAACCGCCGGUAACCGGCGGCAACCGGCGGCAACCGGCGGCAACCGGCGGCAACCGGUGGCGGCGACGAUGGCGACGACGACGAGCGGCAUUGGGGUUGGGGGGGGAGUUGACGGCACCCGCGAGAAAAAAAUAAACGGAAUAUUUUUUAUUUUACGCGCGCUGGGUCCAGUGGCUCCCUUGCCUCCAUGACGACGAUGACGACGACGACGACGACGACGACGAUGAUGACGACGACGAUGACGACGACGAUGAUU